UGUCAGUGUGUCGAUGACUAAUUAAGAAGAGUUGUCUGGUUCGCUGCGGAUUCACUCGAAAAAACAUUCCAGACAAUUCAGAAGAUAACAACUUGUCAAGAUGGACGCCAAGCAAAGAUCUGCAAGACUCACUGGUGGACAUGUACAAAAAUAACCCUCAGGUCAACGAGGAGCUUCGACAGCGACUUCCUUCACCUGCGUGCCAGCAAAGAAUCCUCACCCACAGAGAAGAAGCUGAAAGUUUUGAAGGCCUUCAGGUUGUCCCAAAGUAUCCGUCUUCCAGCUGCAGCCUUCUUGUGUGCCACAGUGGAGAAGCUGGUCCCGUGUCCUCAGCAGAUGUUGGAGACAUGGAGGCGGACCUGUCACCUAGUAGACCCUCUCCUCACAGUCCUGACAUGUGGGACACACUUGGACCAUGUGCAGGUCCACCACUCCCAGGACACGUCAGCAGCAGACAUCAGGACAGCGUGAUUGGUCGCGCGGCAGCGUAUGAGCAGGCUCCGCCCCCUGCCGGCGACAAGAAGGUGUCGCUGUUGUUGAGGGAGCUGGACGCGCUGAGAGACGCCAACAAGAAGCUGCUGGAGCAGCUCAGCCUUAAGGAGGAGGAGCUACAGAGGAAGGAGGUGGAGCUGAGGGCGGAGCAGAAGGAGGCCAAAGCCUGGGAAAGACCUUCAGAGUUGCUGGACCAGUUGUUAUGUGCUCACAAGGACAGAGACCAGGCUCUCAGGUCUCGAGUCAUGCUGGCCAAUCAGGAGCGAGAUGAGGCUUUACAUCGUGUUGCUCAACUGCAGCAAGCUGCCAGGUGUGACUUUGACUUGAUCACCGUGGAAGAUUGUGACCUGGAAGUCGAGGGACUUCUUCAGCGUGUGUGUGACUCCGCCUCCAUGCAAGAAAUCACACACUAUGGCUCCGCCCUGAUUCAACGUGUGCAGUUGGCACGGCAACGACGUCAUGACAUCACCAGUCAGGAGAUGAAAGCUCUGAUGGACCAGAGAGACAGCUCGCUCGCCCAGUGCCGCAGGCUGCAGCAGGAAGUCAUGAUGCAAGACAGGAAGCACCUGGAAACCAAGAAGCAGCUGGUCAAAGGUCAGUCAGAGCGAGAUGCAGCUUUGGAGGCGGAGCCUGUGCUCCAAACCAAUCCCAGCGACGUGCAGCUUGUCCAGACUCCUCCAUCUGACGGCCCUCAGCAGGCUCCGCCCCUUCUGGCUCAGCUACAGCAGCUAGCAAAGGACAAGCAGAGCUUGGAGGCGGAGCUUGUGCGUUGCCAGGAGGCGGAGCGAGAGGCCAGCGAGAGAGUGUGCAGGUUGGAGCGUCUCGUGGAAGUUUUAAGGAAAAAAGUUGGCACAGGAAGUCUGCGAGCUGUCGUCUGACUGGUUCUUGUUUUUUGUAUUUCCUGUUUGGAUGACAUCGUCUCAAUGAUCAUGUGACAUGUACUGUUUUAUUGUCAAAAUAUUGGAAUCACUUCCUGUUGCCUAAAAACUUCAAAUUAAAACU